AUGCUCGCUGCCUUCCGCCUCGGGACGGGCCUGUGGGAUCCGUCUCACCGGUUCGAAACCUCCUGGCUCUUGUCUCCUUACCAGCUGGGUGCUUGUCGCGCGCUCAUUAGUCUCUACACCUUUACCGUCCGCUUCUUCGUCAUCGGUUGGACGUGUUCUCGCCCCGAGUAUGGCGGGUGCAAGGCCGUCGGCCAGAGCUUCUCCUACUUCACCGUCCUGACCUACUGGGGUCUGAGUUUCUACUUCCUCAUCUCGGCUAUCCACACUCUCACCUACGCCCGCACCGGCAGCCCGCUGCUCGAACGCUUCCCGCGCCCUCUGCAGGCACUGCACGCCUUCUACUAUACCACUGUCACCACCUACCCGUUCAUCGUUACCAUCGUGUACUGGACCAUCAUCUACAAGGCGCCGUGGUACCCCGACGAGUUCAGCGCCUGGAGCAACAUCUCCCAGCACGGCCUCAACUCGGCCUUCGCCCUCUUCGAGAUCGUGAUCCCACGCACCGCCCCCACCCAGCUUGAGUGGCCGCACCUGCUCUGGCUCGUCAUUGUCCUGGCGCUCUACCUCGCCCUCGCCUACGUGACCUACUACACCCAGGGCUUCUACACGUACAGCUUUCUCGACAUCCGGGCAAAUGGCAGCGGCACUGUGGCCGCCUACAUCGUGGGCAUCGCCGUCGCUGGUAUCGUCUUCUUCCUCGUCGUCAAAGGCCUUAUCUGGCUGAGGAUGUGGGUGACGGAGAAGAAGCUGGGCAUGGAUGGUAAUUUUGCCAAGCAGCACUUUCUCAGCCACGAUACCGAGCUGGGUACCGUCAACUCCAAGAACUGA